UGGUAGAGCUUCAUAUAAUUUCUUUCUUGAAUUUGGAAGAAUGGUUAGGAGACCAGCGGUCGACAUCAACAUCUAGUUUCUCUCGCCUUAAAAGGUUGGAGAUAUCCGAGUGCUUAAAGUUAUCAACCCGCCGACUAGAUUUCCAUCUCUCAAAAAUUUACAAUUUUCAAUUGAGCUAGAAAGUCAUCCGGACCUUACCUCUCUACCUCAAAAAUUGCUCCGAGGCGCCAACAACGUUCUCCAGACUUUAGUGGUCAGGAAUUGUAAUGAGUUUCUAGGCUUUCUUCCAGAUGGUGAGGAGCAGCAGCAUUAUCAACCAGAUCAUGUUCCUAACAGCGUUCUUUCCAAGAUUGAAAUAUUGAAUUGCCAUUCAUUAACGGUAUUGCCUGCAGACUUCAGGGGAUUGGAUUCUCUGACCUAUUUAGCUAUUAAAGGAUGUAGUAGUCUUCAAUCAUUGCCAGAUGGUAUACAGUACCUCCCAGCGCUUCGUAAGCUGAGCAUUGGUGGAUUUUCAGAAGACUUAAUAUCAUUUCCAUUCCCAGCAGCCACCAAAUCAGAUAGUGAACAAUACUUCGUCUCCCUCCGAGUAUUAGAGAUCUUCGGGUGGACUUCUCUAGGGUAUGUCUUGCCAGACCAACUUCAACUCCUCACUUCAUUACAGUGUUUCACUAUAAAUGGUUUUCCUUGUCUGUUGAGUUUGCCCGAGUGGUUUGGCGAAAUAUCUUCCCUUCGGAUCUUGAACAUAAACAAUUGCGAGAACCUAAAGUACCUUCUUUCUGAAGAACAGAUGCUACGCCUAACCUCUCUACAAAACUUAAAGAUUACAUGGUGUCCACUUUUGCAAAAAAGAUGUCAUUUUCCCAAUGAAGAAUGGCAUAAGAUUACAGACUUCAACCUCACAAAAGGAGUUUAUAUCCGGAAGGAUCAAAAAGCUUGAUGAUGGUUUGAGAUACUUUGAUCAGUUGAUUUUGGAGAAGCCAUUGCCAUCUAAUGAUACAUUUUGUCAUGUAUUUAGUUCGAUAUCCAAGACUAGAUGUUAUUCAGAUGUGAUUAUGUUAUAUAAGAAGAUGAAUUUGGUUGGAGUGAAACCUGAUUUGUAUACGUUCAAUAUUUUGAUUAAUUGCUGUUGUCAAUCAGGAAAAGUUGAUUAUGGGUUUUCUUUGCUUGGAGAGAUAUUGAAGAGAGGUUAUCAUCCUGAUACUGUCACUUUUACUACACUGAUUAAAGGGUUGUGUCUACAGGGGAAGAUUGAUUCUGCAUCCAAAGUGUGCAACAAAAUGACUCAGACGGGGAUUCAACCUAAUGCUAUGACGUGUAAUUCUCUUAUACACGGGCUGUGUAGAUCUGAUCAGACGCACUUUGCAAAGGAGGUCUAGUUGACAAAGCUUUGGUUCUCUUCUCCGAAAUGCUUAGAGAUUUGAUCAAUGGACUUUGCAAUCCAAGCCAGUUGGAUGAGGCAAAGAGGCUCUUUGACGAGAUGGUUGGUAGAGGAAUCUCUGGAGAUAUAAUAAGUUAUAAUUUAUAUGAUUCAUGGUCAUUGUGUACAUGGUCAACAAAAAGA